AUGAAGUAUCGAUCUGAACAGCUGUCAUGGCGUCCUUUGCAGGAAGUUUCUUUCCAGAUUUCAUGCGCAGAUAAUUCAACAUUGCAAAGGCUUGAAAUUCGAAAAAUGAAUUUAGACCGAGCCCUUCUUCCUGGGCCAUUAUGUGCACCUCUUGCCUACGAUCCUUCAUUCAAAGGUUUGUGCGUGUUGUCCUUCUAUUACGAAGUCCUCGCCAGAUUGUAAAUAUUAACCAGGCAAGCAAAUUCACCUGUUUUCCUCGCAUCCUGCAGUUGAGGUCCGCCUUCAUGAGCCACUCUGGAAGGUUCAGUUUUCUCCAGACGAUGUUGCUAUUGAAGUUCUGACUUUGUGUUCCCAACUGGAGCCACUUUGCAAGAAGGAGUACGCUGUAAGGAACAUUUCCAUCGUUUUUAUCUUGUUUAGUUUAUUUCACUUUUCUUUUGUUUGUCUUAGUUGGCGAAGUCACCAAAAAUACACAAAGGUAGUUUUUAGCCUCUCGCGCUGAUCAUUAUCGAUGCAUUAAUCGAUUUUCCAUCAUGAAUUGAAUUCUCGAGUGGCAAGGAUUUUCAUAAACAGAUAACAAUUUUGGGAUAAAUCUGUUUUUCGAUUUCAGACAACAAUGGGAAAGAUCGAUGCAGGCCACAAAGUGGAAUAUCAAAACAAAUUUGAACCAAAAGGUACAUCUGCAGGCUACGUAUGUUUAAUUCCCAACGUAUUCAUCAACUGUUUUAACAAAUAGAAGGGUUUGUACAUAGUCUUGAAUUCUUUAGGAAAUGUGGACAUUUCCAUUCAUAAGUUAUUUUUCAAAGCUGUUUUGGGGAAGCAAGAGUUAAAUCUUGAAAAAGAAGGAAGAUAAAAGAAGACCAUAUCCAGUGAAUGACACAGGCAUCCUUGGAGAAAAAGAACUCUAAGUGCUCACAAUAGGAGUCUAACCUACGACCUUCGGAUUAGUAUGUUGCGUGCUCUACCACUGAGUUGUAGGAAACUAGUGCCAGGCUAGGCUGUCAACUUGAUCCAUGAUGACAAACUUCCUGCAUACUGCAAGGAUAAAAAUGCUGUUUAGAGUUUCUUGAAAUAAUCAGCAUUAACUGAUCCUGCUUUAACAAAAGUUACCUUGGCCAAAAGUUUUACUCAAAAGUUACCUUGGCCAAAAGUUUUACUCAGAAGUUACCUUGGCUAAAAGUUUUACUCAAAGGUAUCUGUAGAAUUUUAAUUGUCAUCCAAAUCCUCAAUAGCUAUUAUACAAAGUGAAAACCCAUGAUUUCAGAUAUUUGUUACAGAAAAAAAUAAUUUGUUUAAAAGAAAAGUUUUUAUUCAUUUAGUCAUAUUUGUGGCAUAAGUUUUCCUUUUUAUAUAUUUUGUUUCAGCACAAGUACUCUUUGAGAAAAUGCGAGAAAUGAUCCAUUUUCUUCCAGAUCCUAAACCAUCUUUGAAAGUAAGUCAGAUAUCAUCUGUGAUAAAUUAUGAUUUGUUAAGGAUCAAUAAUUAUUAAUAUCAAUGUUUUCUUCUCUUUCAUGAGAUAUUUUAAUCACUCAGGUGCAGUGUAGCACACAUGCCUUUAAUCAUUACUUCAGAUAUGUACUUGCUUGAACAAAUCUAGCAUACACAUGAAGCAUAAAUACCCUAUAUCCUUGAAUAAGCAACUUGGUGCUCAUUUAAAAUUUUGCCUAAAAGAGGGGUGCUUAUUUGAAGAAGGGUGCUCAAAUAAGGUGGUGCUUAUCAAGUUAGUGCAGUAAUAGAAAAAUUAGCCCUAAACUUCCAAGAUCUCAUUAGUAAUUCUCCUUACUGUCUGCCAUACAGUUAUUGUGAUAUUUGUUUGGAGAAAUUGGUAUUGGAUCAACUUAUAAUCCCCUAAUUGAUAUUUUUCUUGAUUCUCAUUACUUGUCUGUUUGAUAUUGUAUUGAUAUUGUAAGGAGAAAUUCUGUCUUGGUCACUCAUGGGAGUGAAAGGGUUAAAGAGCAGAUAAUACACAUGCAGCUACUCUGCAAGCUCAUGGGAAUAGAAUUUACUGGAAUGGAAAAGAAACUAUUCUUCUGUACUGAUUCCUAUGUAGCUGAAGCUUGAAAAAUUGUAAAUGAAGUGACAAAAUAGAAACAGGUUUUUCUGGUAUCCCUACUAACCACAAUGAAACCCUAACCCGGGGGGGGGAGCAAUUUAUUCAAGGGGGGUGCAUGUUUGAAACCAUGGCCUAGGGGGUGGAGUGCUCAUUCAGGGAGGGCAUUCAGUAGAGUGUGGGUGCUUAUUUGAGGAAAUAUUGUGCAUGACUUUUUUUGUAGUUGCUAGCUCUAUCUUGUGUUUCACUAAUUAAGACUCAAGUGGUUAUUCAGGGGAAUAGUGCUCUACAUAGUUAUGCAUGAGCAGUUAUGACUUUCAUCUUGUUUAUUGUAAGCUUCAAAUAUCCUUAUUAUAGAAAAAAAACUGAGGAAAGUUAGAAAAAAUAUUAUGUGAACUUUAACCCUUUAACUUCCAAGAUCUAAUUGUUAAUUCUCCCCUCCAGCUGUUACACAUUUCCUUGUAAAUUAGUUACAAGAAUUUGGUGUUAGAUCAAGAUAACAACUUAUACUUGAUGAGUUUGAGUAUUCUCAUUACCUGUUUGGUGGAUAAGGUUUGAAUAUUAUAAGGAGAAGUUACAUGUUAAUCACUACUGGAAGUGAAAGGAUUAAGAAUUAUUUAAUGUGCAGUUUUUAAGGGGAUCGUACAAUAGAUGAUAGAAUUUAUUGUACCAACCAUUGUUUAAAAGUAAAUAGAGUAGAGUCUUAAAUUUUGAUUGGUUUGGGAAAGAGACAUAAAUGUCUUCUAUUGUCAGAUGGCAUUUGCAUUCCUUCCUUAUUCUCUCACUUUUUUUGGUAUCUUGACUUAUGGAAGAUUUACUUUUUAGGAUUACUUGCGGCAGACUGGAUUGUCUCUACUGUUUCCAAAAGUCACUUCAUAUUUGAUAAAUCCUGAGAGACCAGCAUUUCAAACCCAGAAAUCUUCCAUGGAUGGUAAUUUGUUUCUUAUAUAUCUGAACUUCUCUCUUUUCCAUGAUAUUUUGAUACUGUUUUGAAUAUUAAACUGCUUUGAGCAAAUUAAACGACUGGGACAUUAAACCUGACAGAUUAUUUUAUGUCUGUAGACUAUCACGAAUGAAUGAUUAUGAAAGUGUAAUUGAAUUCGGAAAAACUUAUCGUGUGAUUUGACGGAAAAGCGGUCAGUCCUUAACACCCUAACACCAGUGUGCAUAUUCUCCAUUCCAUUUGCUAGAUUAUACAUUUGCCAUAGUUCUGAUAAGGAGAAUUUGUUUAACAACCAAGGGUUCUUUUAUCUUGUGAUCAUUUCCUUUAUUUUCAUGACCUUAAAAUGUUUGAUUCUGGGGGGAUGCUGUAAGAAGGAAUUAGAUGCUAAUCACUCUUAACUGUUUAGCCCCUUAGAGAAAUUAGCAACCAAAAUCUCCUUACAAUAUCACCCCUGAAUCAAACAUUAAGGUUAUGAGAACAAAGGAAAUGAUCACCAAGGAAAGAAGCUCUUGAUUGUUAAACAAAUUCUUCUUCUAUAAGAACUUCAAACAUCCAUACGCAUACUACUUGCUCAUCAAGGUCACAACUCUUUAGCGUAAAGUACUCUAGGCUUAAAAUGCAAAGAAACGCCUUGGAAGUCUGGAAUGAGAUACCUAAUAAAUAUAAAAAAUUUGUCAAAGAAGUCCUUCAAAAAAGAAACAAAAAGAGCUCUUCUCAAUAUCCUAGAAACUGAAGAUUCUUACUUGAAGCCCAAUGAGAUAAUGCUAAAAUUCAAACACAGCAAAACUGAACCAAUUUGAACCAGUGCUACAAUAUGUUUCGUACACUGAGAAACUAUAGGACUUUCUUUCCUCUACAAGUGAACAUCUGUCAUUUUGGUUUUUUUUCCUUUUCUUGUGUAUCUUUUUGUCUUUUUAUUUACAUUUCUUCAUUUCUGUUUUAUUUCCAGUGUGCUUAAAUAAAGUAAGUUAAGAAAAAAAAAUUGGCCCGCCUCAGUUGGCAUUUGCUAUCUGCAGGUCAAAGGAAUUUCUUGUAAAUAUGUAUGAAAAUAAAAAUAAAAGUGUGAAGUGAAGUUAAGUCAGCAUGUUAGGAAAUGUAUGAUCACCAACUAAAGAAGCUCUUGAUUGUUAAUCAAAUUCUCCUUGUCAGUGUGUUAGGGAAUGUAUAGAGAACAGUAUGGAGAAUAUGCAUACUGAUGUUAGGGUGUAAAGGGUUAAGGGUUGAAGAGUUGAAUACAGAUGCUGACUCUUUUGAUUCAAAGAAGCAAAAUGCAUUAAAGAGACAACAAGACUGAAAACGUUUGAUUAUGUGGUCUCAUUGUCCAGGUGAGAGUAGAUCAGAGAACAGCUAUUGCUUUGACACUGGAUGAUUUUUUUGCAACCUGAACUGAAUUUAUCAUCAGGGUAAAGGAUAAAGAUGAAUUCCAUUUAGGUUGUUCAGACCUCAAGCACUCUCGUGAAAUACUAGUCCAGUACUCAAUACUGCUCUCACCUUGAGAAUCAGAACACAUGAUCAUCUGUUACUCUUAGGCUCAAGCCAAAAAAAUUACAGAAGAACAGAAAGGUAUAAUAUAUAACAUGUUAUAUAAUAAGAUCAGUUAUGCACGCAACCUGAUUGGUUCUCACAUAUGAUCUAUUGGAGGACAGACGUAUAGAUGACGUCAUCAUUAAAACUUUUUUUAAUUCUUUAUUAUAUAAAAUAAAUAGAUUCCUAGUUGCCAUGCGUCUGUUCAGUAAAAGAUCACAGAGGACUUCAAAAUGUGGUAAGAACAUCAGUGACACACUCUGCUGCACCUCGUGUGCCACUUUUUUGUUCUUACCACAUUUUGACGUCAUCUGUGAUCUAUUACUGAACAGACACACAGCAACUUGGAAUCUAUUUGUUAAGUUGAUGUUGCAUUCUUGAUUGCAGUUGUGUGUCAAUUGAGAUAAUGCCUUUAAAACUGUGUACCAUGCUGGGACAUUUACUCUAAAUCUGGUUUACUGAACAUUGCUUUAGAUCACAUGCAUGGCACAUAGUGGAAAAAUUAAUGAUGAAAAAUCAAGAACCAAAUAAACAAAAAUACUAGAACCAAAGAUUUAAGAAUACAAAAAUAACAUAGAAAGCAAUCAUUUACAUUGUCCAACUCUUAACCCUUUCACUCCCAAGAUCUAGUUAGUAAUUCUCCUUACUAUCUGCCAUACAAUUCUUAUGAUGUUAGUUCAGAGAAUUUGGUAAUGGAUCAACUAAUAAUCCCAUGGUUGACAUUCUUCUCUAUUCUCAUCACCUGCCUGCUUGAUAUUGUAUUGAUAUUGUAAGGAGAAAUUCUGUCUUGGUCACUUGUGGGAGUGAAAGGGUCAACUCCCAGAAGUAAUAAACAUAAAACUUUUCCCUACAAUAUCCAUACAUUCUUCAGCAAACAGGUAAUGAGAAUAUUCAAACUUAUCAGGUAGAAGCUGCUAUUUUGAUCUAGCACCAAGUUCUCAUAACAAAUUUAUAAGGAAAUGUGUAGCAGCUACAGGGGAGAAUUAACAAUCAGAUCUUGGGAGGUAAAGGGUUAAGAGAAAAAAAACGAGGAAUUUUCCUUCUGCGUAAUUUUCCUAGUGUGAUUUGAAGCCUCCAUGUGCUCUUCUAAGUGUACGAUUAUAUUCCAAAAUUAGUUAUGCAAAUUACAAUUAUCAAACAUUAACUUUAAAAAAAUGUUUGAGCAUGACUUGCAUCACAGUUGAUUGUGGUUAUUGUUUCAGGAUAUUUUCCACACCUUGGAAUGUUGAACCAGCUUAUAACACUGAGUCAUCAGCUGAACAGUGAUGCAUUUAACCUCACCAAUCAUAAAUACAUGGCUCAUCAGACUGCGCUGCUAUAUGUAAGAUACUGUUUAAUUAAAACAUUACCCAAAUUAUCUUUGUUUGUUUUUCAUAUUUUCUUGUAAGGAAGAUUCCAUUCACAGAAUUUAGGAAAUGAUUUUGCUAUUGUUUUGCUAUUGUUUUGCUAUUGAGACCAUUUUUUGCCUUCUUUAAUACUUACUAUGGUUAUAAUCAUUGCUGAUCCUAACAGUAUGCAGGAUGCAUGUCAUAUGAACUUUGUAAUAGACCUUGCUCACUGUAGAGUCUCUGUGGUCCAGUGGUAGAGCAUUGGAGUGUGGAAUGUGAAGGUCUGAGGUUUGAUUCCCCAUGGGGACUCAGAAUUUUUUCUUCAUCCCACACUCACGACAAGACGAAAAACAUAUUUCUUAAUCAUGAGAAAGUUUUGGUUUUUGGUUGCGGCAAAUUUCAGUGAUAACAAAUUCUUGUUGAGUAAGAAAGAUGGUUCAUUUUGAGCUUGGUAAUGAUUUUUUCCUCAAACUCAGAAGCAUCAGUUUUAGGAAAAUUUCUGAGUCCCACGAGGAAGUGAACCUAAUCAGUGCUUCACCACUCAGUCUCAGAGACUCUUUACAGUGAGCUGAAGGCAAUUCCCAGGUGUGCUCAUGCCACUUGUCCUGCAUACAACAUUGCAAUGGCUCAGCUCACCAUAGAGCAUCUUAGUUGCUCAGAUGCUUAGUGAUAGGCUGGUUGAUAUUUGUCAGCUUCAUUAGGCUUGUUGAGAAGUUUGCUGUUUUGCAGGGUUAUUCCCCACACUGAACGUAAGUGUCCAUGCUUUGGGAAUUUGUUUUUGCACUGUUCCUCUUGACCAAUUAUGUUGAUAGACUGGUGUCAAUAGUUUACUUACAGCACUGUACCAAGUGUGUGUUCAUUCUAAGUGCUCCUGAUUAUGUUUUCUCUUUUGUCUGUGAAUAGCAAUCAGUAAAUCAGGCUGGCACUCUGAUGAUGGACUACAAAAAGAACAUUGAGUCAAAUUUCAAAAGUUUGAAAGCUGGUUUGGUACCAAAAGACAAAGAUUCCGUUCCAAGGUUACCCCAUGAACAAAAAGAAUGGUAAGAAAGAACAUAUUCCAAAAUCUCAGAUUAGUCCAUCCAGGUCAAGGAAACUCUCCAUGAAUACCUUUAACCAUUAACUCACAGAACUGAUUAACAUGUAACUUCUCCCAGUAAUAUCCAUACAUUAUGCAACAGAGAGGAAAUGAGAACAUUCAAACUUAUCAGGUUAAAGUUGUUUUCUUGAUCUACAUUACACCAAAUUCUCGUAACUAAUUUUCAAGGAAAUGUUUAGCAGCUAGAGGGGGAGAAUUAACAAUCAGAUCUUGGGAGUUAAAGGGUUAAAGAGUUAUAGGAUUAAAUUUUUGCAUGCAGUAAUUUUCAAGUGUUGCCAGACUCAAAUAUCAACAUCUGAGCAUUCCUGAAUGUGCAAUGGCAGAACAAAUCAAUGUUCUUACAAGCUUGGUGUACAAGGCAUUACCUGUUGACACCCUAACAUCAGUAUGCAUUUUCUCCAUACUGUUCUUGAAACAAUUCCUAAGAUGCUGGCAAGGAGAUUUUUUUUCUUUAGUUGGUGAUCAUUUCCUUAAUUCUCCUGACCUUAAUGUGUGAUUCAGGAGUGAUAUUGUAAGGAGAUAUUAGAUACUAAUCACUCUAAGCAGUCAAAGGGUAGGAAAAAAAAAAAACUCAGCUAGGCAUGCUGGUAACAGUAAGACUCUAGAACUUCAUCAAAUGUUUUCAUUGAUUUUAUUCCUUUGUAGGAUUAACAAUGUCACAGCCAAUAUUCUGGAUGAUGUGCAGUCCUUGCCCCCAGGUCUUACCCAGCCUAUGAUAUCAGCCAUGACCUUUGUGGAGCAACAGAGACAAUGAAUAAAUAGUUUGUUAUUUGUUUAUUUUACAUUUAACUUCUGAUGUAAUCUUUUGGCUACAAAUUUUAUUAUUAUGUACUGUGUUUACUGGCAGAUAGGCUGCAGUAUUUUUGGAAAAAUGGGGCCAAAUUUAGGGGUGUGGCUAAAUCACCAGUACAAGCUUUUUGACACCUCAUUAAUAUACACAAUAGCUCAAGAAUUUUAUACUUAAAACUGUUCUUCUUCAUAUUACCCAACAUCGCUUUCACAUUGAGUCAGCAAUCAUUCACUGUGUACAGCUAUAUACUUAGUCCAUAUUUUCGAAGAAUCUUGGUCCUCUCCAUAGCAAUGAGCACAUCAAGUUUUCCAAGCUGUUUCUUGUUUGAGGAAGUCCAGUACAGCUUGCAUGGGGGCAAUAAAAUACAUGCCGCGUACAUGCCUGUUUGGUUAUGUAUAGAUAAACGAAAUCACUUAUAAAUGUCACUCAAAUUAAGAAUAAUUAAUGUAUUGUACAGUUUUCAACAGUUUAAACAGUUAUGCUAUAUGCCUAUAUAACAACUGAAAGUCUUUACACCUCCUCCUGAGAUCUGAUUGUUAAUUUUUCUCUCUAGCUUCUACUCAUUUUCCUGUAACUUGGUUACAUGAAUUUGCAGUUAAAUCAAGACGACAACUUCAACCUGAUAAAUUUGAAUAUUCUUAUAACCUGUUUGCUGGAUAUUGUAUGCGUGUUAUAGAGAGAAGUUACUUUUCAAUCACCUCUGGGGGUUAGAGAGUGUAGGAAAGGGUUGUUUAAAAAAAAAGGUGUUAAGUACAUAAUGCAGUUUUGCAGUGAUCAUAGUAUCUUCUGGUUCUUUGGCAAUCAUAGGGCCAUGACUGUUGAUGAUUUUCCAUCAGCAUUACUUACAUCAGUAUCCAUUUUCUCCAAGUACUCUGGUACCAACAAUGAGUAUCUUUUUAACCACCUUUAACUCCCAAGAUCUCAUUAGUAAUUCUCCUUAUUGUCUGCCAUACAGUUCUUGUGAUGUUAGUUUGGAGAAUUUGGUUUUGGAUCAACUAAUAAUCCCUUAAUUAAGAUUUUUUUAUUCUCAUCACUUAUCUGGUUGAUAUUGUAUUGAUAUUGUAAGGAGAAAUUCUUUCUUGGUCGCUCAUGGGAAUUAAAGGGUUUAAUUAGGGUAUAAAUUAUGCUAUAUAAAGGUUUCCAAGCUCACCCAUGUAGUGAUGUAAGAACUUUAAAUAUUGUAACAGAAAAAUGUCAAGAGAUCUCUGGCAAAAGAAACCUUGUUAAUUAUGGGCUGUGGGCUAUUAGGCAAAGUGAAUGUCAGUUAUAAUGUUCAUCUCAACAAAUUCUAUUGUCCUUUAACAGCUAGCUCAUAUGCUGACAUAGCCACUUUAAAAAAUGUAUUUUCUCCAUCUAAUUUCUUAUACCUGUUUUUGUUAAUACAGGUAUAAUUAUAACUAUUGUAGGCUUCCAUGCGGUUUUGUUUCCAAAAUACGAGUACCGUUACGUGCAAGGUUGUAGAAAAUUUGGUAGUAACGCACAGUUGUGAAUCACUUCUAAUUUAUUUAAUAUUUAACAAGUAUCAGGUAAUUACUUAGUUAGCCAGUAAAUCUGAAGAUUUUAAUUUAUAAUUAAAUACCAGAGGGAAAACUAGUUGUUAUUGAGUUGAUGUUACCAUAAGUUCCAUCAGCGCCCUCUUUUUUUAAAGAAGAAUUCCUCUCUAUGAAUGUGAGCCCCCUUUUGAAAAGUCAAAUGUAUUAUCCACUCCUACUCAUGAAAAUGGACGGCACUGAGCUAGACAAAGGAUGUGAAAUCACCAAGACUGGCGUAAUCUGGGAACGGGAACCCGUUAGUGCAUUAUUCACGCGUUUUACUUGGAACCGAAAGCUGCUUAAAUAUGCUGCACCUAAGUUUGAGUCUGGUGCUGUUAAAGACGGUAAAGAAGUCUAGCCAUUCGUGAAAUUAUUAAGAAAACAAUAAAUUAUAGUUUUAGUCGACUUUUGCCUUAGUGUUGCCGUACUGACUGCUAAGGGUCCCCAUUAGGUGCAAGAGCCAUUUGUGUGCUGGGUUUUACUCUGACCAACCAAAAUUUGAAAAACAAUCGGAUUUGUGGAUAGUUGUACCCUUAGUGUGGUACAUUUUCCUAUCUUAUAGACGUGUGGGUGUUUCAGAUGAAAGCGAAGUAAAGAAUAUACUUUAUUGAUAGCCCUAUAGGACAAAUAAAAUCAACGAACCUGUCAUCUACAAAAAGUUUACCGAAGCGGCAUAAAGUGAGCUCCUUUUUCCAAUAAGCCCUGGAAUUGGCUGGAAAGAGCGAUAAUUACAGGAAGCUCAUAAGAGAGCACACGUGCUAAGAAAUUUUGGAUUUGAAUUUAAGCGAUAUUGGCAAACAUAUAAAUGAACUUCAGGCUCAGGGUGUUCGAGGCAAAGAUACCCACACCAGAAAAACGUAACUAACCACUGAAGAGCUGAAGUUAGUUUGUUUUGCUUACGAAUGACUCACACUCUUUUUUAUGAGAUUCGUUUUUUUAUAUGAACGUUCAGACUGAGAUUGAUAAAAAUUUUACGAACAUACUAUGAACACACCCAGGCUGAGAGUCAGUUAAGAACGCC